ACCAAACGGAGGAGCAGCCUUGAUUACGCCGCAGCCGUAGGUAGUCAUGUAAAGAAAAGUUUGAAUCAGAGCAGCAAAUUUACGUUUACUUUGUUCCAGGAAGUUGAAAGUACCUUUAGUUUCCAUUAUAUCUGGUUUACUCUCUAAUUAAUUACUAACGUGGCCUCUGUAUAGCAGAUUGAUUUACUUUGCAACCAGCUUGGGAUGCAACCAUCCCAAGCUACGGCUCGCUGAUCGGCAGCGAACAUGUUCAGUAGCGAACCGUUCGGUGAACGAACAUGUUCGGUAACAAACCGUUUGGUGACCAAACAUGUUCGGUUGCGAACCGUUCGGUCACCGAACUAUCGGUUUGGUGCAUGCCUAGUCAGAAAUAAACGUGGUUUACAGCGUCUUCGUAUAGCUUGUGAACGUGCCAAAUGUACACUUCACCUAGCAGUCAAGCAUCAGUUGAAAUUGAUUCUUUCAAUGAAGGAAUUGAUUUUAAUUUAAUUGUGACCCGUGUCAGAUUUGGAGAAUUAUGUGCUGAUCUAUUUGAUUCAAUACUGUAACCACUUGAGAAAGCGUUAAAGGAUGCAGAUAUUUCAAAAAGAAUAUUGCAAUGAAGUUUUACUUGGUAAGUAGUAGUUUAAAAUUGAGUUUCGCUAAAGAGUUAAAGAUCAAGGCAAAAAGAAAAUACUGUCUAGUUUCUGAAAGUUUCGAAAUUCGACAACAAGAAUGUCUGCUCCAUGUUCCUUUUUCUUUUUCUCUCGCUGUUUCUAGUUGGCGGUUCAACACGUAUUCCAAAAGUACAAAAAAAAAUUUUCUUUUAAUUACUCGACAAAGUUUUACUUCGAUUGAAAACCGUUUACUCUUUCCCUUGCUUUAUCUACUGCAGUUCCUCUAACUAAUGUUUGAAUUUUCUUUUAUUUCCUAUUACUCAUUUAGGGUAUUGAAACAGCUGGCGGUGUCAUGACAGCAUUAAUUAAACGUAAUGAAAAAAUUCCAGCAUUCACAACCUAUUUUGAUUAA